AUGUUUUCCAUGCUCUCUUCAUUCGUUCUCGCAUUGGCCGCACUCGCGCCUACAGCGCAAGCCCACUGCGACCGCUCCUUCCUCGAAUCCAUAACCGCCAACUACGUCGCCGCCCAAACCGCGGGGAGGGUCAACUCGCUCAACAUCUCCUCCUCCGCCGUCUACACCGAAAACUUCCAACCCACCGACAUCACCACCGGCAUCCUCUCCCAACCUCUCAAGAUCGACUCUGUGAAGAGCAUCCAUGAUACCGUCUCCUGUUCUGCUUUCACCGAGCUCAUCGUUACGGACCCUACCCAUCCCUAUGUCAUCGGAACACAGAUUCGGCUAGGCUCGAGCCACGACAAGGGACGCACCCCAAGCAAGGACCUCGAAAUCGUCAAAGUAGAAACCAUCGUCACAGACGAAGGCGACUGGCUCUUCAACGCCACCGGAACACUCUACUGGGCAAGCCAGGAGAGCUGGGACCCCAUCCCCCUCGAGAAACAAGAUACGAGGGAGACGCUCCAAGCAGCCGCCGACGCCUACCUCGACAAAUUCAAAGACAACAGUGUACAAGUCCCCUUCAACAUCCCCUGCGCCCGCCUCGAAGGAGGCCUGUACACUGGCCAAGGUCUCCCCACCGAUUCGUGCGACUUGGGCUUCCCUACCGGAAUCGAUAUGCUCAACCGCCGAUAUGUGAUUGACCCACUUUACGGCGCAAUCGAGGUGAUGUUUAACUUUGGUGGACCGACGAGCAGUCCCGAUAGCCACUUGUUCAGGCUGGAGAAUGGGAAGAUCAGGUACGCGCAUACCAUGACAGUUCUCAAGUGCCCUGGAAUGUUGCCCGAGGACCCGUGUAACGCGUAG